GCCAAACACUGUUAUGUUGGCUACAUUCUGGCUGCGAUUCAACGUCCUGGCUCAUCCGGAAUCAAAACCAAAAAUAAUAUUUUCUAGUUGCUGAAUCAUUUUGCUUUGAUGUCGUCUUUGGAGGAUAAAUCUAUCUGGGAUGAUGGCGAGGUAUAUAUUUAUUUAUACUAUCUUUUUUUUUUUUUAAUUAAGUCUGCUUAGUAGUUUUAUUAUUAAUUGUAAAAUGUCUUUAUUGUCUUUUGAGAUUUCUGCACUUUUCUAGCCGGCACCUAUUCUCGAUACUUAGUAGAUUUCUUUACCAAUUAAAAUUACGAAUAUAAUAUAUAGAUCAAAUUCCAAAUAAAAAAUUGAAACAUUUUUAAGGGGUCAUCCAUUAAUUUCGUCAACAAUUUUUACACAAUUUUUACCCCCCCCCCCCUUUUUGUCAANGUUGUAUUUAAUUAUGUCAUCGACUCAUGUCAACAUUUUAUACCACCCCCCCCCCACACAAACACACACACACACACACACACACACAAAAUGAAUUAUAAUAUAAAUACAUUUAUAAAUACAUUUUACUUUGUGCUGAUCUAUUUUAAUGACACAAAAUUGUAGGAAAUUUAUUAUUUUUAUUACAUCUUUAGCUUGUUAAUCAACAAGUUAAAAAGUUUUUACACUUAAAUUUAUUUUAAAUUUUUUAAUGCAGAAUCAAUGAAAUGGUUGUUAAAGUUAAAGACUAAAUAUCAUUGUUUGUGGAAGUAUAAAUAUGAUUAUUGUCAGUAUAGCUGACAAUUAUAGUAUAUUUUCUAGCUGCUAUCAUCUUCCCAUGGAGUUAGCCCCCUCGAAUUCGCAAGUUUUAUUUGAAUUGCUAUAAUAUACUGUGGCGCCUCCAGUAAUAAACAAUGUAACAAGCCGACCAAGUUUUGUUUUUUGCCCCUCCCUUCUUUAAAGAAACCUGAAGUGACGCCCCUGAUGGGCAUAAUCUAUAGUAGCUGCACACUGUAAAGUUGACUGAUUAUAAAUGAAGAAAUCUAUUCAAAUGUAGGCCAAGAUGCUCUCCUCAGCUAAUGGACGGAAACAGAUCAGAAGUGUUGAGACAAAAUAACUAUUUUAUGAAUAAAAUAGCACAAUCAUAAUAAAAUAAUAAAACUUGAAUUUUCCAGCACCGACGCCCAUUUCCCCAUAAAAAUUGUUUUAGUAGUCACCCUUGCUGUGCAGUAGGGCCUACUAAAUUUUUUUACUUGGCCUGCUAGUUUAAAUUUACAUAACCUGAAGGAGGCCUAUACUUGACUAAAGGUUUUAAUAGGCCUUCUUAUGGCCUAAUAUUCCUAUAUAAUUUAUACUGUAUGCUGCAAAAAUAAGUGAAUUUAGUGAAUAUUUAGUAUAAGUCAGCCACAGGUCAAGAUAAUUAAAUAUAAAUCAAAGAUUCUAAUCACUGAGGCUAAAUUAUUGUAAAUAGCAUAGCUCAAAAUUUUCUCUUUCAAGUUUAGAUCAUCAAUGGUAAUCUUGUAUUCAUUAUCGGCCAUAUUGUAAAUUUCUAAAUUUGAGAGAUGGGUGCAUUCAAGGUUAAAUUAGGAGGGAAUGUCCAUUGAAUGGGUUAUAGUUUGUAGAAAUAUUGUCAAAUAAACAUCCUUCAUAAAGAAUUAAUUUUGCAUGACUAGAUUUUGACGGUGUUGUUUUGCAAAUAUACCAUUAUUCACCACUGAUAAGCAAAAGUUAUGAAUGAUACAACGCAAAUUUAAUUUUGAAAAUAUAUUGAAAUGUAUCAGAUUAUUUUUAUUGAAAAAUGUGGGAUCUCUCUAAGUCAAUGUACUUUUCAUAUAUACAUUUAGAAAUAGUCUCCCUUAAUUUCCCCCAAAUUUUUCGAAGUCUGUAAUUUUAAAGCAGGCCAAAACCCUUUUGUUUAGCCAAAAUUUUUGUCAUACAUUAUAUAUAAUAGUAAACCCUUUGAAAAUUUUAACUUAUAAAAGAAAUUCAAUUCGAUUGUACUCAGUUUUUAAAUCAAAUUUUUUUAGAUUAUUAAAAUUUAUAACCCUUCACAUAAAUAUUAGUAGAUUACAAUUCUUAAAACUUUAUUCAUGUUCAAGGAGUCAGUUGCAGAAGAAGUUCUACGCAUGCCUACAGAUGAAAUUGUUGGCAGAACCAGGUUACUUGAUAAUGAGAUAAAGGUAAAAUAGUUCAUAUCAAAUUUAUGGGAUUAAAAAAUUGACUGUCCAUCCACAAUUAGAAGAAAAAAAAAGUAAAAUAUGCAUAUCUCAUUUUCAUGAGCUAUUUCAGUUUUUGCAUUUUAAUUAUCAACUUAAUUGAAAUAGUGCAGAGAAGAAAUAUUCCAUUUAAAAGGUUAUAAAUCUGGUAAGAAAUAUAUCUAAAUUAAAGUUGUGAAAUUCAUGUCUGUUUGAGUAUCUGAUAUUUCCUAUGCUGUACUGUUUGUCAAAGCAAUUAAAAAUCAAUUUUAAUACAUGAUUUCUGUUCCAGAUUAUGAGGUCUGAAAUAAUGCGCAUACAACAUGAGUUACAAGCCCAAAAAGAAAAAAUAAAGGAAAAUACUGAAAAAAUUAAAGUGAAUAAGACACUUCCUUACCUGGUUUCAAACGUGAUUGAGGUAAUGAUUGAAAAUAAUACAUUUUCUCUAGCAUUUAACAAAGGGAUAUAGAUAACUUGUGAAUUGUUCAGGUUAUGGAACCAUUUGUUAACAGUUUCUGUUAGGAAUGGUAAAGCAAAUUAUUCUAAUGCAUAUCAUGUUCUGUUUAAGUUGUUGGAUGUUGAUCCUCAAGAUCAAGGGGAGGAGGAUGGAGCUAACAUAGAUCUUGACUCUCAAAGAAAAGGAAAAUGUGCUGUCAUAAAGACAUCUACACGGCAGGUAUAAUCACAAUCUUGAUAUUUUCUAUUUGUAAUUUGUGUAUAUAUUUAUUUUCUCAUUUAGGUGAUUUACAUACCAUAGUUGCGAAGAAAAUGUUAAAUUAACUUUCAAACACUGAAGUAGUAAUCAUAGUAUCAUGCUCAUAGUGUAUAUGUGAAUAUGGACUAUAUUAUCAUUAGAAGUUUUAUAUUAUUAUUAAAGUUGCUUUUUGGCUAGAAGAUUGUUUGCAAAUACCUUUCUUAAACUUUGUCUCCCAAGACAUACUUUCUGCAUGUCAUUGGACUAAAAAUUGAUAAACUUUUGUUUAAAUUUGCCUUUUUAGACAUACUUUUUGCCUGUUAUUGGACUAGUCGAUGCCGAGAAACUGAAGCCUGGGGAUCUUGUGGUAUGUUACACAUUAAAUACAAAUUCAUUACAAUAUUUUUUGUGUCAAAUAAAUAAGCAAUUUUCUCUUUGUUUAAAUGCUGAUGUUAUUUUCUUCUACUUAAAUUGUUAACAUUUUAUUUUUAAUUCUAGGGUGUGAAUAAAGACUCGUAUUUGAUCUUGGAAACAUUGCCUGCAGAGUAAGUUGCUCUUUGUUUACCUAUCUCAGAAGGGUAGCCUUCUUUUUCUGCUGUAAUUUUAAUUCAGAUGAAUUGGAUUCUUCUAUAUAAAGUUUUGGUUUGUUCAUAAAUGCAUUUAAACUAAUUGAAGCUUGAAGAUCUGUAUUAUUCUCACACACAUAUCCUGCACUUAAUUCAGCAGUGAUUCAAGGAUAGAUGGAAGCUUUUAAAAUGUUAUGGACUACUGGUAAAAGAAGGAAUGAAACUAGUUAAUUAUAAUAAGGAAUCAAUACCCAAUCUCAAUGACCUUCUCACAAUGUUAGUAGCCAUCUCAUAUUCAGCCCUGAUAUGAAAAACAAGCCUCGCUAUCACAUUGGGGGUUAAUUGUUUCUAACUUGGUAUUUGUUAUAAGUAAGGGAUAUUUAGAUUUUCUAAACUAUGAUUAGCCCACUAAUUGCAGAAGUCUGCGUUUUAACUUGAAUGUUCAGGCUAAAUCCUCAUUGCUAUCAUUUCUUGGGCAUUCUGAUUUGAAAUAAGUCGAAUUGGCUCUAAAUAUAAGCAAUGUGAUCAUCGAGGGUUUUUUGAAAUGUGAAAAACAAUUUUAAUUUUAGAAUAGUUUGACAUGCCAAUAUUCAUCACAGAUCAGUUGAUCUAACUUGGCUUGAAUUUAAUCAAUUAUUGUUUUGAGUGAAAUAAAAAGCUGACUAAAAUUUGAUAUAAUGAUGAUUUCUUGAAGGUAUGAUUCAAGGGUAAAAGCUAUGGAGGUUGAUGAGAGGCCAACAGAACAGUAUGCUGACAUUGGUGGUUUAGAUAAACAAAUUCAAGAGGUGAGAUGUCUUUUUUUGAAAUACCUCCUUUUUGGAAAUUUUGUUUUAACAAAUUUUACACUAUCUGCGCCACUCAUUUUUAAGUGUUUUUGCAUCACAGGAAUGAUAGUGGCGGCGGUGUAAAUAUAAAAAAGGAGUGCAAAAAAAACAAGGCUGCUAAAAAGUAGUUAAAAAUUGGCAAAUAGCAUGCAAAUUUAAUUAAAUUUUGUUCUAGAAAAAUCUACAAUUCUUCAUAACUUGAAUGAACCAGUAUCCCUUGCUCAAGCAUAAUUUCCACAGUAAAUUUAGUCUCCUCUAACAGGGGCGUAAAAAUUCACCUCUAAAUUUCUCCCCUAUCCCACCCCACCCCCUCUCAAAUCCUCAAACCUAAAAUCUGUGGCCACAUAUAAAAAGCUAUUAGUGUGCUACAGCUACUACACACUGUAUUGUACUAAGAAAAUUGCAAUUUCUAAUAAAAAUAUUACAAUUAUUUUUUGAAUAUUCAAAAUAAAGAAACCCAAACUUACAGUUUCAUUGAAUACACACUUUACGUUAGGUUUCACCAAAUAUCAAAUCCAAAAAUAGUUGUAAGAAAAAUCAGUACAAUGCCCAUUCCAAAAUGCUGGCCUUGUUUUAAAUGUAAUUACUUACUGCCCAAUGAAAUAUCAAUUUAACACAUUCCAUAAUAUUUUUAAAAAAAAAGAAAAGUUCACUCUAGUAACAAUACAAGAAUAAACAAAAGACAAAAUUUUCUGUGUAGGAAAAAAUCCUACACAGAAAAUCAAAGUGGCACGGAUUAUGUAGUGUAAAACGACUUGACACAUUAUUAAAAUGUCUCAUUUUAGCUGAUUGAAGCUGUGGUUUUACCAAUGACACAUAAAGAAAGAUUUGAGGCGCUUGGGAUUCAACCUCCAAAAGGUACAAUUAUCCAAAUAGGAUUUUUACAUGGUAAUCUGUAAAAAGAAUAUGCAUUUGUUGGCAUUCAUUGAGGGCAUUGGUCACUGUUGCUCCCUGUAUAGGAUAUCUAUGACUUGAUAUAUCUGAUGUCACAUUAGUUUUCUUUGUGCACCCAUCCCUUGCAGAUCUCCAGAGUACAUCCAAUAGAUACUGUAAUGUUUGUUUUUUUCUUUCAAUGCAGGUGUGCUAUUAUAUGGAGCCCCUGGUACUGGAAAAACUCUCCUAGCUCGAGCCUGUGCCGCCCAAACCAAGUCUACAUUCUUGAAGCUAGCGGGACCCCAGCUGGUACAAAUGUUUAUUGGAGAUGGAGCCAAGUUGGUCAGAGAUGCAUUUGCUUUAGCGAAGGAAAAACAGCCUGCAAUAAUAUUUAUUGAUGAACUUGAUGCUAUAGGUACAUUUUCACAUUACCCUUCAUUACAGCUUUUUGCAGAGCUAAUUUACUAUUUAUAGACUUAAGAGACCAUGAGUUGACAGAAUCAUAUAUGUCUUUUCAUUGUUUGGUGGUCAGGAACCAAAAGGUUUGACAGUGAAAAGGCAGGAGAUCGUGAAGUACAGAGAACUAUGUUAGAGUUACUUAAUCAAAUGGAUGGAUUUCAACCCAAUUCUAUGAUAAAGGUAUGUUCAUUAAAAAUGUCAAGGCAAUGUUGAUUUAAUUUAUUCUCUAGCUUGGCUUCAUUUGUUUAACUCUAAAAUUUAAUGCCCUUUAGUUUUAUUAAUUGUAAAAAAAUUUACUGUUUCUCAUUCUUAAGGUCAUUGCAGCAACAAACAGAGUAGAUAUAUUGGAUCCGGCUCUAUUGAGAUCUGGUCGUCUGGACAGAAAAAUAGAAUUUCCACAACCAAAUGAAGAAGCAAGGGCUCGUAUAUUACAGAUUCACUCUAGGAAAAUGAAUGUGAAGUAAGAAAGAAAUCAGUGGGUUUAAACAAUUUAAAAUCUUUUUAGUAACUAAGUCCACAUUCAGCAUUUUAACAUGUUAAAAAAUUGGUCUCUAAUUUAUUAUAUUAUAAUAAUAUAUGUGGUUUUUUUCUUUAGCAAAGAUGUGAAUUAUGAAGAAUUGGCCAGGUGCACCGAUGACUUUAAUGGAGCUCAGUUGAAAGCAGUGUGUGUGGAAGCUGUAAGUGUUAAACUUUUAUCUUGAUCUUGAUCUUUUGUUCUUUCUCUUUAACCCUUUACAGUGCCCGAAAUGGCCGAUUUUUUCCUUAAGCCUACAGUCCGUUGCGACCAAACCCGCCCGUUUGGAGGUUGUUUACUUUCGUUAUUAGCACAAAUCCAUUGUACAUUACUAAUUAUAGUUCUACCGGAAGAAAGCUUAGUUCUCAGAAUUUAUUUUGAUACUAGUUUGAACGCAGUGUGUUUAGUGGUUCAUUUUCUGCGAUUUUUUAAAAAGUUGCAAUUUUUUUUCUGUAAAAAAUGGCUUUCCAAGCCUUGGAUAAAAUUUUGAAAUAACUCUAAUGAAGCUUCAUUAUUUCAUGAGUCUAGAAGCAAUAGUAAAGAAUAUGAUAUAGACAUUAAUUUAAAUGACGCUUCUAGUGAUAGGGAUUCAAGUGAAGAAGAUAAUAGUAAUAGUAGAGACGUCGAUGAAAACGGACGUAUGGAUUCCACUCUGACUGAUCAGCAAGAUCAUGAGUGGUCUAGGAAUUUUUCACAAAUCAAAGUGGGAGGGUCCCCCGAAACUGUUUUUAAGUUUAACUUUUGCUUCAAUCAUUUCUUUGUAUUUAGGUAUUUUUAAUUUUAUUUUCUUGCUUCUAGAUUAUUUUCUGUAAAUUAAUUAGAUAAAGAACCUUCACUUAAAAUGGAGUUAUGUCCCCUUGCUUGGGCGCUGGGAGUAGAAAAGGCUGAAUAGGCUUGGACUGUAAAGGGUUAAUUGGUUCAUAUACUUAAGCCUAAAUGUUAGAGGCAGAUAUAAAUAUUUUAAAAUUGACAUCCUUUUUAUUGUGUACAGACAUAAGAAGUUUUUAAACAUUUCUUUUCCCAGGGAAUGAUAGCAAUGAGGAGAGAAGCUGUUGAACUGACACAUGAAGAUUACAUGGAUGCCAUUAUUGAAGUCCAAGCUAAAAAGAAAGCCAAUCUCCAGUACUAUGCUUAAGUUGAUUAUGAUGACUGACAGUGAUGAGUUUUACUGAAAUGGUACCUCUGUGUUAUUUAUUUUCUUUUACAUUUGAAUAACCGAUCUGUUUUGAAGAAUAAAAUCUUUCUUAUGACUUGCAUUGUUUUGUUUUUUUAAUUUUAAAAAAAUAUUUUAACAUCCACCAUUAUCUAUGUUAGUCAAUUUAAAUUCAGUUUUUGCUUCAGGAUAAUUUAUUCUCUUCUCCAAGAAAUAAAUUCAUCACUAGCUAUGCUGAAUUGAAUCAGCUUUUUAUUUUUAUUUUUUUGAGUGGGAGCCAUUUUAAUAAAUUAUAUCUGCUAAGAAAGAUAUUGUUGGCCCAUGUUCAUCUGUUCCAGUUAACCAACCCACAGUAUUUCUGCAUUUCAUCUCGGUCCAACACCGGUUUAUCUUUUCUUUCAGUUAUUUUGAAAUUAUAUAGUUCCAAAGAAUUUUGUUAUGAAAAUUAUUAUAGGUCAGUUAUGUGUUGACACUUAUUGGUACCAUUCCUGUAGAUCUUUGAAUAUGUCCUAUUUACACAAGUGUUGUUUAUUUUUUAAAAACUAUGGUUCUUGAAAUAUUAUUGUGGAGGUAAAAUAUCAGGUUCUUUUUUAAGAAAACAAACACUUUGAACAUUGACAAAGUCAAAGAUAAUCUUUUUUUUAAAAAAAAAGGUUUACAACUAACUGUACCAAAAUAUGUACAUUGGUAUUUAAAAGCCAGAAUUGUCAUAUUCUAUGUCUAAAAAAUAAGGAACCAACCAAUGCUGUCAUGAUAGUAGCCUCAAGAGUAUCAGAACCUAAUUUAGUCAUGGUUGUCAUAAAAGACAUUAUUGUAUGCAAAAUAAUGAAAUACAUUUGUUUUUAAAAAAUCUC